CUUACCCUUUCCCGGUGGGCAUGAGAGGAAGUGUGAGAUGACCAGGACCCUGGUCCAUGCUGGCUCAUACAGAGAACUCUGUAUCCUAAUACCACUGGGUUCUGGAAGGUUCUCCUACCUGCAGAGAGGUGACCACCUUAACUGGACCCCCCAGUAUGUACGAACAUCAACUGGUACCCCAGCUUCUGCUCUCAGCCCCCUGUGGUCUAUUCCCUACUCAGCAGCCAAAAGCCACUUGUAAAAACCAAAGCCAAAUCCUGUCCCUCCUCUGCUUCGAACUCCGAUGGCUCCCCCCUCACUCAGAGCAAACGCUGAAGUCCUCAGAGCUGCCUGCAAGGCCCUGUAUGGUCUGGCCCUGUUACUGCUCCGGCCUCACCUUCUACUGUACGCGCCUUGUUCCCACAUCCAGCCACCCUGGCCUCCUCACUGUUCUUUGCACACACCAGGCAUGAUCCAGCUUAGGGGCCUCUGCACUUGUUCCCUCCACUUGGAAGCUCUUCUUUUAGAUAUCCAUGUGGCUCCCUCCCUCACCGCCUUCAGGUCUUUGGUCAGAUGUCUCCUCAGGGAAGCCUUCCUCUCCACUGAAAAUCUCACGCCACGCCCCACACUCUAUCCUCUUCCCUGCUUUAUCAAAUGGUGAUAAGUGCUGUGGCUUCUGCAGGCGACCUGGCGAGCCCCCCCUGGACCUGGGCAGUAUCCCCUGGUUGGGCUAUGCUUUGGAGUUUGGAAAAGAUGCCGCCAGCUUCCUCUCUAGGAUGAAGGAGAAGCAUGGUGAUAUCUUUACUGUGCUGGUGGGGGGCAGGUAUGUCACUGUCCUCCUGGACCCACACUCCUAUGACAUGGUGGUGUGGGAGCCUCGCACCAGGCUGGACUUCCACGCCUACGCCGUCUUCCUCAUGGAGAGGAUUUUCGACGUGCAGCUUCUGCAUUACAGCCCCAGUGAUGAAAAGUCCAAGAUGAAACCGACUCUCCUCCACAAGGAGCUCCAGGCACUCACGGAAGCCAUGUAUACCAACCUCCACACUGUCCUGCUGGGUGACACCACGGAAGCAGGCAGUGGCUGGCAUGAGAUGGGACUCCUCGAAUUCUCCUACAGCUUCCUGCUCAGAGCUGGCUACCUGACUCUAUACGGUGUCGAGGCACCGCCACACACCCAGGAGAGCCAGGCCCAGGACCGCGUCCACUCAGCCGAUGUCUUCCACACCUUCCGCCAGCUUGACCUGCUGCUCCCCAAACUGGCACGUGGCUCCCUGUCAGUGGGGGAUAAGGACCAGGUGUGCAGGGUCAAAGGUCGCCUGUGGAAGCUGUUGUCCCCAGCCAGGCUGGCCACUCGGGCCCACCGGAGCAAAUGGCUGGAGAGUUACCUGCUGCACCUGGAGGAGAUGGGCGUGUCGGAGGAGAUGCAGGCGCGGGCUCUGGUGCUGCAGCUCUGGGCCACACAGGGGAACAUGGGUCCUGCCGCCUUCUGGGUCCUGCUCUUCCUUCUCAGGACCCCCGAGGCCCUGGCUGCUGUCCGCGGAGAGCUUGAGCCUAUGCUCUUGCAAGUAGAGCAGCCCAUUUCGCAGAUGACCGCCCUCCCACAGAAGGUUUUGGACAGCAUGCCUGUGCUUGACAGCGUGCUGAGUGAGAGCCUCAGGCUCACCGCUGCACCCUUCAUCACCCGCGAGGUCGUGGUGGACAUGGCCUUGCCCAUGGCAGAUGGGCGGGAAUUCACCCUGCGAUGCGGCGACCGCCUCCUCCUCUUCCCCUUCCUGAGUCCCCAGAAGGACCCGGAGAUCUACACAGACCCAGAGGUAUUUAAAUACAACCGAUUCCUGAACCCUGAUGGAUCAGAGAAGAAAGACUUUUACAAGGACGGGAAGCGACUGAAGAAUUACAGCAUGCCAUGGGGAGCAGGGCACAACCAGUGCCUGGGGAGGGGUUAUGCCAUCAGCAGCAUCAAACAAUUCGUGUUCCUCGUGCUGGCGCGCUUUGACCUGGAGCUGAUCAGCCCGGACGUGGAGAUGCCCUUGUUUGACCUCAGCAGGUACGGCUUCGGGCUGAUGCAGCCAGAACACGACGUGCCUGUCCGUUACCGCAUCCGGCCUUGAGCUCCGGGGCAGAUGGGACUCCACGCACCCAGCCUGACCCUAGUCGCCCAACGUUCUGUGCCUGCGUUUGGCCUGGGUACAGAGCUUUGAACACCCAACGGUGCCAAGCGUUAUCCCUUCCCUACUGUUUUUCCUAGAAGGCUGUGUCUGGGGGAGGGGAAAGUAGGGGAGUGAAGAAAAGACACCAAAAGCUCUGCGGAUUAUCCACUGCAAAGGUUAAGUUCCAAAACGAGGCUCUUUCCGCUCCCAGCCCCUCUUGCCCCUCUCACCUUUAGGAUACCCACUAAAGCUCGGGCAGACGGGGCACAACUAGGAGACCCCACUGCUCUGCCCCCAGCCCCCACGGGCUGCCAUCCAAGGCCCUGACAGUGGUGCCGUCCAGACCCUAACCAGUCAGAGCAGAUGCUGGCCACUAAAAGGCCAUGUGGGCCUAGCAGUGCGUCUGUUGAAAUAAACUCUGUCCCCAAAUUUUUAUUAAACUACCUAAAGCCAAA